GAACUUGCAGAAGCAAGUACGCAGCGGCGGCGUUUCUCGCAACGCCGGGAAAGGGAGCCCCAGACCAAUGCACCGAGGAGGAGCUUGGGGCGUGUCACUGGGAAUUUCACGACCAAGCUGGUGAACUCGCCGGGUUUCGACGUGUUCUUUGCGUUAGUGGUGAUUGCCAAUGCCGUGUACAUCGGCUUCGACGUGCAGCGUGGCCUGACAGAUUCCGGCUCCAGACCUUUGGAAUAUCAGAUUCUCCAGUACCUCUUCACCAUCCUCUUUACAGUUGAGCUGGCCACUCGUAUUGUCGUGAGUCGAUGCCGCUAUUUCGUCUCGGAAGACUGGACAUGGGCACUGUUGGACCUUGUAAUCGUGGGAACCUCCUUGUGGGAAGUCCUUGUGGACAUCUUGGAAGCUGCUCUGCCACAGGGCACGGGCCUGAGCACCAUCAGCGGCAUCUCGAGCAUUAAAGCUUUCCGAGUCAUACGACUCACACGACUGCUCAAGAUGGUGCAAUUUCUCCGGAUUUUCCGAUUCGUGAUGGCCCUCCGCACAUUGGUCCAGUCCAUUAUGCAUACACUCAAGGCCUUGUUUUGGGCAUUGCUUCUGCUCGUUCUCAUCGUGUACGUCUUCGCAGUCUUGUUUGCACAGGGGGUGAAUGACUAUGUGACUUCCAUGCCCGAUGCCCCUGACGACGGCUUUGCUUGCAGCGACAUCGAUGUGGUGCAGUCCGGCAUGAAGUAUUUUGGAGACUUGCAAGUAAGCAUGCUCAGCCUCUUCAUGAGCAUUGCCGGCGGUGUCAGUUGGGAGGAAGUGAUAGCACCUUUACGGAUAAUCUCGCCAGUGUGGACCUUGUGCUACAUCUUUUACAUUUGCUUCACAUAUUUUGCAGUUCUUAAUGUAGUAACUGCGGUGUUCUGCCAAUCUGCAAUAGAGAGCGCCCAGAAAGAUCAUGCGACAGUUGUGCAGAACAUGAUCGACAACAAGGAAUCGCACCUGGACAAACUCCGUACCCUUUUUAGCAAGCUGGGUGCCGACAGAACGGGCGGCAUCACCUUGCGCAUGUUCGAGGAAAAGAUCAAUUCCCCAUCUGUCCGGGAGUAUUUCGAGACAUUGGGCUUAGACAUUUGGGAUACCUGGUCUUUCUUCAAGCUCCUGGACGCAAAUCUCGGUGGCGUUGUGGACUUCGAGGAGUUCUUCAUGGGCUGUUUGAGAUUCAGCGGAACAGCAUCGGCCUUGGACCUGGGCAAGAUUAGCCAAGAUCAGGCAUGGCUCAUCAAGAACCAAGGGAAGUUCCAGAAGUUUAUGGAAGAGGAAUUGACACGGCUGCGAGGGGAGAUGUCAACCAUGUCGGACUUCAUCAGCUCCCUAUCCCGUGGAGUAGCCUGUGCGCAAGUCUGA